UAUCCUUCUUUUCUCUCUCAUUGACCUUUCAACUAUCGGUCAAAUCAUGAUGCAGAUCACUUCAACAAUGCCAUCUCAAAACAUCAAGACUUUUCCGGCCAGACGUACCAGCUUCAAGAUCGCCGGAUCUCCCCUCAGUUCAGCCAUAACAGCCACACCCGUCACCUCCAAUGAAUCAACUAGGAAACACCUCUCAAAUCUAGACAAAUUACUUCAAAAACAAUCCCAUCCAACUCCGCCGGAGCUUGUGAAUUCCGACACAACAGAAAUGAGUAGGGGAAAAGGGAUUCUACAGAGUCUCAAUUUAGCCCGUCUUUGGCCUCAAUUAAAGGCGGCAGAAGAUAUGUCUCCACGUCACUUGAAUCGUCUGCAACGGUUACUAUCCAAAUCAAUGGAAUAUUCUCCCCGGAGCAACCUCGGUAGGCGGUGGAGAGAAUAUCACGGUUCUAACGAUUGGAACGGUCUUCUCGAUCCACUAGACGAGAAUCUCAGGCGAGAAGUCGUCAAGUACGGCGAGUUUAUCCAGGCGGCGUAUCGCGUUUUCCACACCAACCCCUCCACGUCACCUGACAAGGCACCCUUGCCUCGCCACGUCAUACCUCCCGACAGGUCAUAUAAGGUGACAAAAGGGUUGUACGCCACGUCAUCAGUCGGGUUGCCUAAAUGGGUCGAUGACAAAGCGCCAGAUCUCGGAUGGAUGACCCAGAGAACGAGCUGGGUCGGGUACGUCGCAGUAUGCGACGACCCGAGGGAGAUCGCCCGUAUGGGAAGGAGGGAUAUAGUAAUUGCGUUACGUGGGACCGCCACAUGUUUAGAAUGGGCUGAGAAUUUCCGGGAUGUGUUGGUUCAAAUGCCUGACGAAGAAUCCGAAUCCAACCCUAGCCAGGCUAAGGUGGAAUGUGGGUUCCUUAGCCUUUACAAGACCACGGGAGCACACGUGCCGAGUCUAGCUGACUCAGUGGUUCAAGAGAUCAGACGGUUAAUAAACCUCUACAAAGGCGAGACACUCAGCAUCACAGUUACCGGACACAGUCUUGGUGCAGCCCUUGCCCUAUUGGUAGCCGACGAUCUAAGCGUGUGUGCACCCGAGGUCCCCCCGGUUGCAGUCUUCUCAUUCGGAGGUCCUCGAGUUGGUAACCGCGGUUUCGCUAGCCGUAUCAAGUCAAAAGAUGUAAAAGUGUUGAGAAUAGUAAAUUCACAAGACGUGAUCACUAGAGUACCUGGUCUAUUUGCAAGCGAAGGACUAGAUAAAAAGAUCCGAGACACGACCGCAGCUGGUUUGCUCGAUGUGUUGGAUGAUAACAUGCCAUGGGCAUACUCCCAUGUGGGAACCGAGCUAAGGUUGGAGACUAAGAUGUCACCUUAUUUAAAGCCGAAUGCUGAUGUGGCAUGUUGCCAUGACUUGGAGUCGUACUUACAUUUGGUGGACGGGUUUUUGUCGUCAAAAUGUCCUUUUAGGUCGAAUGCGAAGAGGAGUUUGUGGAAACUUGUGAAUGAGCAAAGGUCUAAUGUGAAGAAAUUGUAUACAAGUAAGGCUAAAACUUUGAGUCUUAAUUUUGAUAGGCAUGGAAUGGGAGGACCUGUUUCUCCUUCAUGUUUGCCAAGCCCAUCACAAUAAUGUUUUGUUUUGUUGUGGCCAUGUAAUUGUAAAGAUGCUUCGUAUAAGAAAAGAAAAUGUAUGCAUCAAUCAUCAUCAUGU